UCCGUACAUUCAGAGAAACGUAUGGUGCGGGGGUAGACCCGUCAUUCGUAAGUUACGGUUUGGACGCUCCCUGGGUUUGUGGAUGCACCUGUCAGUUUUUGAAAGUAUAUUUAGGUUUAACGAAGAUAACUCUGACGCUGUAAACUGUGCCCCGAUCUACAAGCGAAGACAUUCGGCGUAAAGCUCCUGACGGGAAUCACUGAAGUCAAAGUCAAAGUUCAUCAGCCAGUGGACGUCUACAAACAUGGCAGAAGAUCUCGUAGAAAACCUGAACACGUAUAAUGAGCAGCUGAAGCAGGUGGAAGCUGCGCUCACUAAUGAUCCGACAGAUGCGGAGCUGCUGAAGCUGAAGAAAGACCUCGUCGAGGUGAUCGAGCUCACCAAUGACCUGAUCCGGGCCCAAGCACCAGCAGCUACCUCACAAGACUCAGCGGAGCAGCAGGAGCCCAUCCGUAACUGGGAGGUCGGCGACCGCUGCUCGGCCGUCUGGGCCGAGGACGGCCUGUUCUACAACGCCAUGGUGGACGAGAUCACGUCGGACGGCCAGGUGAUGGUGCAUUUCGUCGGCUUCAAGUCGGCAGAGGUGACGCGCCUGAGCCAGCUGCGCGAGCCGCUGGCCGAGGACGCCGCCGACGAGGACGGCGCCGACGCCGCCGCCAAGUUCGGGCGGAAGGGCAAAAACCAGCAGGAGUAUUUGAAGCGCAAAAAGCAGAAGAAGGUCCAGCGGUUCAAGGAGAUGGAGGAAGUUCGUGAACAGGAGAAGUCGAAAUGGCAACAGUUCAACAACAAAGUGAAGAAGCGGAAAAAUGUCAAGGGCUACACCAAGUCGUCCAUCUUCAAGACGCCGGAGGCUGUGAACGGCAAGGUUGGCGUCGGCACGUGCGGCAUCGGCGGCAAGCCCAUGACGUCGUACACCACAGCCGACAAGUGGAAGCGGGGCGUGUAGCGCGCGGCGGACGUGACCGGACGUGUGCGGCCGCGGCCGGCGGAGGUGCCGCCUGAGCCGGCUGACCAGACGAGGCGCCGUGUCGUGCCGACGGCGCGCGCUGGCAGGACGCGGUCAGUACGUUGCCCCGCGGUCGCUCGCUCGCCCCGCCCGGCAGUAACGCACGAGGACUGGCUGGCGUCGUCGGCGGUGGCACGCGCCGCGGACAGGACUCCUGGGAGGGAGCGGCCGCGCCUGUCUCUCCACGACGGCCUGGGUCGUCCGAGGCGGCGUCUGGAAGAUGCUGUUUAGGAUUGAGGUGCUGCGGCUCGUCGGCAUGGUCAGCCGGUGGCGGCGUCGGGGAGCGCUCCUGAGGAGCGGGACGCGGGCGGCUCCAGCGCCGGCCUGGAGUCGCCUGCGGAGGCUUCUGGAGAGGACUCCCAAGGGGAACGGUCCGCCGCAGUCGCGCCCGCCCCGGCGCGGAGGCGACCCCCAACGGUGCAUGCACCGCGGCUGUACUGCACGGCAGAGGUGCAGCGAGCAGCGUGAGAAAGAUGAAACGUGACAGUGUGCAGUGAACAGUGUCAGAGACUCGCAGUGAAGCAGUGUGAAAGCGUUGCAGUGGAGGAUUAUCGUGUUGUAUAUGCUUCGCGAGAUGGACCCACUUGUUCGUGUCUCGCUCGUCUCUCUCGGGCGCUAUCACCACCGUGUUUGCCAUUUUGUGCUAGCUGAUAUAUCAGCUGACGUCUUAUGUUUCAGUUCGAUGGAACAUCGUUCAAAUCAUGACUUAGAGGCACGCUCCAUAUGAAUGUACCACGAAUGUGUAGAACGUUCAAUACAUCGGGAGAUAGCUCUGA